AUGAAAGCCUAUAGUUUAUUUAUAGUUACGGCUUUAUUAUUAGAAACUUGUUCAGCUGGCAUCUGGGGUUCAUCUGAGGUUCAUCAAGUAGAUCCCCAACAGGCAGAAAAAGACUUGCCUGAUACUCCAACAUCAAAAUAUGAUUACAAGUUAUCGUUCAAGAAGCCUUAUUACUAUAACAAUUCAGUCCCUUUUUGGUCCACGGGCGGAGAUGUGUUUCAGGGGGAGGACUUUAUUCGACUUUCACCUUCUAUCCCAAAUACAAAAGGAUGGAUCUGGUCUGAUAGACCCAAUCCAUAUGAAGAAUGGGAAGCAGUGGUUGCUUUCAAGGUAUCUGGAACAAGUAUGCACGGUGGUCGUGGUUUAGCCUUUUGGUAUACAAAAGAUAGUAAACAAUCAGGCCCCAUUUUUGGUUCAAAGGACAAAUGGGACGGUUUGAGCAUUUGGUUAGACUCGGCUAAUCCUGUGAACCAUAAAGCUUCUACAAUGGCUAUAUUAAAUGACGGCACAUUAUCGUUUGCAUCCGGCGUCGAUCCUCGUAAAUAUGCGCUUGGAACAUGUUCUAUUACUUAUCGAAACUCGCCUACUCCUGCAUAUCUUAAAGUCACUCUAAAAGAUAAUACAUUAACACUCAUUCAUCCAAUCGGUGAAGGAAAGGAUUAUCGCAUCUGUUUACAAAGAUCAGGCAUCAAGUUACCCACUGGUUACUUUUUUGGUAUUUCUGCGUAUUCCCAUACACCUGCAGAUGAUCACGAUGUCAUCUCCUUUGAGACAAGACAACUAAACCCACCCAAGAAGACAUCUCGUCCAAAACGUCCAUUGGAAGAAGAGAAGAAGAAGAAAGGCGAAGAGUUCAGCGGGAUUGAUGAUGAACAAAAACAGAGGAUUCAAGAAGCCGAAUAUCAAAUGAGAAAAUUACGAGAGUCUGGUAAUGACAUGGGUCAUGAAGUAGCCGUUACCAUGUCUGCUAUUUAUGAUACCCAAGUAAGAACUAUUGAAAGACUUGAAGUAUUACAGCUUCAGAUCGAAGCUUUGGGUGCACCUACUCCUGAAUCAAUUGUUGCUGGUAAUUAUGAAAAUGUAAAGAGAAAUAAUCAAGGCGACAGUGGAGUUAGUAUCGAAUUAAGUCGUAGGGUAGAUGAAAUACGUGAAGAAACAAAAAAAAGCUCUGCUCAAUUUGAAAGACUUGCCAGUGAUCAAGGACGUCAGAUAAAGGAACUUCAGAAUUCUAUUCGCAAAUUAGAACAAACUUUAUCUGGUUUAGAUGUAGGUUUCUCUUUUUUGUUUAAAUGGGUACAAAACUAA